AUGUGCAAUGCAACGCCCUGCACUGCUCCAAUCGAGCACGCACGCGCAAAGCGCGAAGCAGAGCUCAAAUGUCCAAAAAAAUCGAGCCACGGAAGACUCUAUCCACGUCAUCAUAACCCAAACGGUUUCCUGCCCAUAGCACCCCGUCCCACACCGAGCUCGUCGGUGUCCGGGCCCAGUGGGGCCGCGAAGGCCAAGUCUGGCUCCGCGUCGAAGUCCGGACACUCGACUGCGUCGCCGAGACCGUCGCGGUCGAUCUCGUCCGCUUCCUCGGGGAAGACGCCUUACCCUGAUGCCGGGGGGAGUGGUCGGGCGGCGGCGUUGUUCGAUCCGGCUUACUCGCUUCUUCCGUCGAGUUCGGAGCAGAUGGCGCAGACUUUGCCGAUGGUCAGUCCGCUGGAAGGUGGGAAUCCGUUUGAAUUCCCGCUGGAUACUUCGCUGGAUCUGGAUGCGGGUUUGGGGUAUUUGGAUGAUGUGGACCUGAAUUUGGAUUUGGAGUUACCUGUGGAGGAGAUGUUUCAUGUCGAGGAUUGGUCUAGGUAUAUGUGGUCUGUGGAGACUGGGUUUGAGCAUUUGGAUACGGGAUAUCCUCCUGUAUCGCAAUAA